AGAAUUAAAUCCGUUUACCUUCGAAAUGAAUUCGUUGAUCAAUUCGGCGACUUUUGUUAUCGAUCACUGAAGGAGCAUUUGGUUAUCAAUUUAUUUACAAUAAUCGUGUGGAUCGAUGUGAUAUUUCAAUACGAUCGCGCAAGUUCUCGUUGGUACGUCACGUCGGUGGUUUCUAUCGCAAGAUUGAAAAUUAUGCAAACAUAAUUUCUGCACACUGUGCAAUCCGUGCCAAAGAAACGCCGGUGUGGUGACGUCCGAUCGUGCGUUCGCCAUUAUCGGAAAACAAGCGGCGAGGUGCUCGAAUUUAUAGUGAACAACUUGGAGAGAAGCAAAAGGAUUAUUAAAAGCGCACAAUGGAUAGAGACUAAUUGAUAAAAUAUUAGCGUAAAUUCAGUGUAAAUGUAUACAUAACGAGAACGUGAUUAAUUAAUCAACAUGAGGGCACACACGAAGGUUCCUCGCUGGUGUUGAUCAACGGUGUACGAUUGGAAAAUUUAACACAGGAUUUCGUAUCGGUGGAAAAAAGCUUUUUGAUCUGGGCAAAGUCAUUGAAGAAUUUAAGAAGACGAGUAAAGGUCUACAUGAGUCUAAUUCCGCUUGGGAGUGAGAAAGAACCGGCGUCCGGUGGAUCCGAAAGGAAGAAAAAAGGCGGAAAAUAGUGAUAUUCAACGGCAGUGACGUAUUGUUGGGCGCCCGUAUUCGGACGGAAAAAAAAGAGAGGAAAAAGAGGAACGAGCGUAGCGAAUAAAAGCGGAGAGGAAUAGCGGAGGCAUGUCGGAGAAGAUGAUGUCGAGACGAAGAACUGAUUGAAACGUGAGAAAAAAAAUGACGACUAUCGAGGCCGUUAGUGAAAUGAGUGCGGUACGUCGGGCGGUAUGGUUCAGCGCCGUGUUAUUCGCAGCAACUCCCUUGGCCUAUACUCAAGUAACAUGGACGCCAAUCUACGUGGGAGGAUACAGUCAAGUUGAUCUCUGGACCCAAAGCACCACCGGCUGCGCCUGUACCUUUAAUGCAUCCAGCAACGAUUGCGCGUGUUGCGUACCAUCGGGUGGCUGCAGCUGCGGCGCAGCUUCGCCCGAUAGAUGCGCUCAAUGCGGACUGGAACAGCAUUGCGCAAAUAUGUGCAACAUAACGUUGGACAGCAGGCAGCUGUUCAGCAAAUCGGAUCGUGGCUUCGGGCAAAUAAAGUCGCCGUAUCUUCAAGGGCCCUCGAGGUGUACAUACAGAUUCGUGCCGGAUACUGGACAGCGGGUCGAGCUACAGAUAUAUCGACUGGUGUCCAUCGGUCGACACAACGGCACCGCGUGCGAGGGCGGCUGGCUUCAACUCGAGGGCAGUGCUCGCGUUUGUGGUCGGAACCAACGCUUCGACCGACCAGUCGUUCUCUUCUCGGACAAGCCGAUCGCAACUCUACAUAUGCAGAUAAACGAGAACACAACACGGUCCCAGUUCCUGGCCUACUUCAGCUUCUCGUCCAAAGCGAGCACGUCCGUCGGCUGGCCGGUGAGGGGCGGACAUCCGGUUAACAAUACGGAAUGCGACUCGGUGUACGAAGAUACGGAUUGCCACGACGGAUGCGUUUUAGCCAGUCCCGGAUAUCCUGGACUGUAUCCACCAAACAUCCGCUGCCGGUACCUGAUCACUUCUGGCCCGCGAAUCUCCAUUGCCAUCAACUUCACGGCGGUGCUUCUUCCGUACAAGUAAGUGCUCGACUGUCCGACAAUAUCAGACUUCCAAACCACACGCAAGGAAACGUCCCUACGGCUAGUUAUAUAAGUUUCCUAUCUCCAACA